AUGGACGACCCAAAUCGCAUUUGUCUCACUCCUGACGCCUACACAGUCGGCUGGGUUUGUGUUCUGGCCUCCGAGCAAUAUGCCGCCAGGGCUCUCCUAGACGAACUACACGCCCCUCCACCUACUCCUCGCGAUGAAAAUGCAUACAUUGUCGGCCGCAUGGGGAAGCACAACGUCGUCAUUACUAGGCCUAUUGGCCAAGGAAAAGUCAAUGCUGCUGACGCCGCGGUGAACAUGACUCGCACAUUUCCCCAGAUCCGGUUUGGGUUGCUGGUAGGUGUUGGUGGGGGCGCCACAGACUCGCCCGACCCCUACGUUGGGAAAAGAGAUAUUCGGCUUGGGGAUGUUGUUGUCAGCAAGCCUCAGGGCGAGCAUGGCGGCAUUGUGCAGUACGAUACUGGUAAAAGGUACCCUGAAGGAUAUAAAAUUAUCUCACACCUGGACAAACCAAAAUCUGCUUUGAUCGUGGCGGCAAAUGUGCUCCAAUCACAUCAUCAAUUCAAGGAGGGACACAUGAAAAAGUAUAUACAGGAUGCGACCUUGAAGCUCCGGGAUCUGGGUAUGCCAUAUUUUGGCUUUCCGGGUCGCGAGCAUGACCUGCUGUUCCGGAGGGAGUAUCGCCAUCCUGAGGAAGGCGAGGACUGCAGCAACUGUGACAGAACACAAAUAGUGGAUCGGGACCCGCGACCUGACGAUGGUCCCUCCAUCCAUUAUGGGCUCAUUGCAUCUGCAGACCUCACUAUGCAAGACCCAAAGUUUCGGGAUGCGCUUCGCAAGUCCGAAAAAGUACUGUGUUUCGAGAAGGAAGCGGCGGGCCUGAUGGAUCGCUUCCCAUGCAUCGCCAUCCGAGGCAUUUCGGACUAUGCAGACACUCAUAAGUGUAAGAAAUGGCAGCCAUAUGCUGCUGUAGCUGCUGCGGCUUAUGCAAAGGAUCUAUUGGCAGUCAUUCAGCCCCAUGAUAUCGCCAGGGAUAGAGCGGCGGCGCAAGUUCUUGAACAAUUCACGCAUGACCUGAAUGAAGUAAGGGAAAAGUUUAAUAAGAUGAGCACAGCAAUGGAUACCAAAUACCGCCAUGAAAUUAUGGGUUGGCUGUCUACGUUGGAUUUCAAAACCGAGCAGGAAGAUCUGCUUAGCAGAUCCGUAUUCAUAGGAAAGUGGCUGCUUAAAUCAGAAGAAUUCAUGCAUUGGGUCAAAGGGAGCCGCUGGCAGCUUCGAUGUUACGGCGAGGCCGGCACAGGCAAGACCAACUUCUGUGCUAUGGUGAUCCACCGCCUUCAAAAGACUUUUGGCUUAAAAAGACCUGUCAUCUACCUAUAUCUAAGUGAUGAUGAACAUAAACGGGUCAAACAAACACUAGAUAACCUUCUGGGUAGCAUGCUAAAGCAGCUAAUCUCGUGCGGUCCCAACGUUGAUAUACCACAGAAGCUCAUAGACGCAUACGAGGGCCUUGGCAACGGAGCAUAUUCAACUAGAGAAAUUAUGAAGCAAGCGUUUCAGGACUUAGUAGCCAAACAGGAACGCGUAUAUCUUAUCGUUGACGGUUUGAACCAAUGCUUCCCCGAGGUUUCAGAGCUUAUCAAGGAAUAUGCCUUGGGCCUUGUUCAGGAUGGCCUUCCCUUGAGCCUUCUCACUACCUCCCUGGGGUACCGAGAAGUUAAAAAAAUAGUUUUCUGCAAUCACUGCAGAAAACAAAACAUUGGGAUGUAUGUUCAUUGUGAUUGCGAUGAUGGGCAAUUUGACUUGUGUCUGGACUGCAAAAAACAAGGAAUCAUCUGUCCCAAGAACCACGAUGGUGAGGAGCCAUAUGACACCGUUCGAAUUGAGGUGCGCGCACGAAAUGACGAGCUCGAGGAAUAUUGUCGCGAGAUGAUUAGUCGGGCAUUGAAAACAGGUCGCGAUCGACGGGAUGAGCGCGUGCAUCCGUCGCCGAAAUAUAAUCCCCGGCCUAUUGCGCGAUAUCUACGCGAUAAGCCCGGCCUAGUCAAUCGCAUUUCUCGACAGAUUGCAGGAAAAGCACAAUGCAGCUUGAUCAUUGCGCAGCUUUGGCUACAAAAUCUGUUCGAAAGCAAGGAGCCAGAGAAUGACAAAGGGGUGCUUCGCUUUCUGGACAAAAUACCAGAGAAGCGUUUGACCGCGUACGUUGAUGAACGGAUUGCGAAGCUCAAGAGGUACAGGAAAGAGAAUGAGCUGCAUAUAGCAUUCACAACACUUGCCUUGAUAAUGUCGGCUUGUCGGUAUCUAACCAUAUUGCAAUUACAGCAUGCGUUGGCCCUCCAUUCAGAUCAGGUCAUAGAGUCAACCCUAAACGAUAGGACGUUCAUUCUGUGGUCAGCAAACGGGCUGAUCACCAUUGACAAGGCCGAGGAGUCGUGCUCUUUUGUACGAUUUUUCCACGGUACCCUGCCAGCCGUGCUCGCCAAGAGUGACCAUCAUCCAUUCCUAAAGCGCGCAGAGUACGAGAUGGCGAAAACUUGCCUAAAGUAUCUACAGGACGAGCAGUCUUUGAGCCAUUAUGAGAAUCCCACGGCGUAUCCCUUUCUGCCCUACGCUCUACGAUUUUAA